AUGAGCGAGCGUGAGCCAGCGAGAGUCAGCGGAAUGACCACCGAGGACUUCAAUGUGCUCCUGCGAAGUAUGGAAGGCCAAUUUCAAAUCAAUCUCGCUAGACCGUGGGCCCAUGAAAGCGACCAAGGAGGUGUUCAAAGGUUGAUAGCAGACAAUGCUAUCAUUGUGAAAAAUAAAAAUUUGGUCGAUGAAAAGACGGGAAGAAUCAAUUCGAAUUCAAAUCCAGAGAUCCUCAAAAAGAUUUGCUCCUACGUACAAUGCGAAGGGGUUGGUGACCAAUGCAUCGACUCGUUUGUACCGUUUGGACAUUGUUGUCCGGUUUGUGGAACUCGAAUCAAUUUCUACGCGGUUGAUUUGAAUAUUACUGCUGCGAAAUAUGAGUUUUUCUUAGCGAUGAAACGUUUGGAAAAUAGUCCAGAGGUUUUUGGAACACUGGAGAAAACGGCAAAGGAUAAUCUUGGAGCGGAGUAUGAGAUCGCUAUCAUCAAUACACACAAUUCGACAUACGAUGAAGAUUUUCACAAGCUGGCUGAGAAGGAAAUGGCCAAGGAGCUUCUAAAACUACUUUCGAAACAACUAACAUCAUUUGGAACUAUCAAAACUUUCUCAUCCAGAAUCGACAGAACCAUCAAGACGUCUUCUAAAAUCGCGGCAUCUCUGAUCUAUUUCACUGUCAUUGUAGUGCUAGUCGGAAUGUAUGCGUAUCGAUAUGGAGAUUUAAGACUUCCACGCGCUACUGUAUUCACUCCAGUGAUCAGGUAUAAGAGACAGGAAGAUGACGUGGCAAUUGAAAUGGAAGGAGGUGCAGAAGAAGAAGAGGAGGAACAAGAAGUCUCUGAAAAUCAAAGUGAACCUAAAGAACCAGUUGUUCGAGAAAAAGUAGAAGACGUGGAGGACUGGCGGAACAUCAAUCCAAACUUUGAAUUGGCUAGCUCAUCAGAUAAUGACGGAAUGACUUUUGAAAUGACGGAGAAUGUGAAAUCAUCGGAGCCAGAAAUACAGGAGGAAAAUCAAAAUGGAAAAGAAGGUUCAAUUCAAGACCAACUGAUUGGAAACGAUGGAGUAGAUGUUCAGGACGCUGAAAAAGGUCCAGAAAAAUCUCUACAAGAGACCGUGGAAGGUCUGACGGAAGAGGAGGAACCUGAAGAUACUGAGUUCGGAGACAUCAACCCGAAUUUUGAGUCUGAAUCUGAAAUGGACAUUGAUUCGGUGGCACCUGAGCUGCAAAGUCUAUCGGAAUCGGAAUCGUCAUCAACUACAGAUGCCAAGUCAGAUGAUGUUGCGGAUCCUAAGGAUGAUGGUAUUUCCAAAGAAAACACGGAUCUCUUGGAUCUCUGA